AUGUCUCGUUCCAGCUCUGGCAAAGUCAGCGCUUCCUCGGGUUCCACGGCCAACCUCAACCCGUCCGCUCAGCCCUUCACCCCCACGCGCGUUGAUAGUUCUCCUACCAGUACACCAGUUGAUCACGGCGAUCUUGCCUACCACCAGGCCAAAGCCGUUGAGGCUGCAAACAUGGCGGCAGCUCAAGGCUCUCGGCCUCCCGGCUACGGCCCUGACGAUCAUCGCUCUUCUCCAGUCGAUCCAGCAGCAGCUGCUGCUGGCUAUUCGAACUACAACCCGUACGCUCAAUACAUUCACCACACCCCUCCCGGACGUUCUCCUACGCCAGGUUCGGCCGGUCUCUCGGCCGGUCCCUUCAACCCUACCACCCCGCCCAACCGGCACAGCAGACCUGGCCAAGCUGACCCCACUCCGCCAGCGCAUACGUUUUCCGAUGAUGGCGAAUUUUACCCCGGUACUGACCCACGCCUGAAGAACCAUAACCGCGCGUCAAGCUCUCAGUAA